CAGCCGCGAGCCCGCGUCGUUUUAGUAAUAACUAUGGCGGCUUUCAAAGAGAUCAUGUACCUGCUAUGUGUCGUGUUGGUUGCGGCCUCGGUGGACGCCAGGCCAAGCCCCGACAGCGCGGGUCAUGUUCCCUUGCCCGGCCCUGGGCUGUCCUAUGGCGGUAUCCCCUACGGCAGUGUUAGCGGCAAUGUUGCCGAAUACUUCAGACAGGGUCCAUCUAUCGGCCAUAUCGGGAACCUCCACGGAGUAAACCAAUACUUAUAAUAGAUGGCGCUAGUUGUAUAUGUAAUUAAUUUAUUGUAACUUUAUUAUAUCUCAAUAUAAAAGUGUGAUGUUUUUGUUGUCUUACUUAUAUGUAUCAGCAAAUAGAAAAAUCAAUUAAUAUAAAUAAAUAGUCCUCCGAU